UGACGAAAGUGUAUUAGUUUUAUUUUUUAUUUUUAAAAAUAUUCAAUUAAAAAGAAGCACAUGUACUCAUAAUUUAUCAUGGAUUUCUCAAGAUUUUUUUUCUGAAAGAAACUUUCUUUGUUUUUCUUUGUAUCUGUUCUUUAUUUUGUUUUUAAUAAGGUAGAUUCUAGUCAAAACCCAACAGCUGAAGAUGGUCCAAGAAACAUCAAAUUUAUAUUAGAAUCCAACCAAAAAAUAGCUGUCCUGGUUUCCAUUCCUAGUUUAUAUGGACUAGGUGUGCAUUUAUAUUAUUUACGGGUCCUAUCCUAUUGUUAAAUCCACACAAUUUCCUCAAAAGAAAAAAAAAAGUAUAGGUAAUGGAAGAUUGAGGUGACAGGCCAAAGAUUAAAGGCACUCCUAAUACCAAAAGAACAAACCCUAACCCAAAACACUGAUUUUUAACAUUUUUUUUUUUGUCAUUGUGAUGGAUAAGAGGGAUCUUGAAAGAGAGUUUCACAUGACCGGAGGAGUUGGGAAAACUAGUUAUGCAAGAAACUCUUCCUUACAGGUUCUUGAUAUUUCAAAUAUCUUCACUUAAUGAUCAUAUUCUUGAGUUUACCUUUUUGUUGUUUUUGCAGAAGAAAGCAUCUGAUGAAGCAAAACACAUAACACUAGAGACACUGCAAGAACUCUACAAGGAGACAAAACCAAAGAGCUUAGGAAUAGCUGACUUGGGAUGUUCUUCAGGACCAAACACUCUCUCCACCAUUAAAGACAUCAUCAAAGCCGUUGAGUUUGCUCACCACCGUGAGAUCCCAACCCAGCCCUUGCCGGAAUUCAGCUUCUUCCUUAACGAUCUCCCUGGAAAUGACUUCAACUCCAUAUUCAAGACCUUGCCUGACUUCCACAUAGAGCUCAAGAGAGAUGCCAAGAAUGGUGCCUGCCCUUCAGUUUUCAUUGCAGCCUAUCCUGGAUCAUUCUAUGGAAGGAUCUUCCCUGAAAACACCAUCCACUUUAUCUAUGCCUCUUACAGCUUACACUGGCUUUCUAAGAUUCCUCCAGCUUUGUAUGAUGAUCAAGGCAAGUCUAUAAACAAAGGCUGUGUUAACAUCUGCUCCUCAAGCCCUGAAGCUGUUUCCAAAGCUUACUACACUCAAUUCAAGGAAGAUUUCUCCAUGUUCCUCCGGUUUAGAUCAAAAGAGGUGGUUGCAAGAGGUAGAAUGGUGCUCAUAAUGCUCGGAAGAGAAGGUCCUAAUCAUGUGGAUAGAGGAAACUCUUUCUUCUGGGAGCUUCUCGCUAGAUCCAUAUCCGAGCUUGUAGCACAGGGAGAAACUGAGGAAGAGAAGCUUGAUUCGUACGAGAUGCAUUUCUACGCACCGAGUGGUGCUGAGAUAGAACAUGAAGUGAACAUAGAAGGGUCUUUUGAGCUAGAGAAGUUAGAGAUGUUAGAAGUUGACAAGGAGGAAGGCGACGAGGAUGGUGUUAGUUAUGGUAAGGCGGCUGCAAAGACGGUAAGAGCGGUUCAAGAGUCAAUGCUUGCUCUACACUUUGGGGAAGAGAUUCUUGACAAGCUGUUUGAUAUAUAUGGUAGAUUGGUUGACGAGGAGUUGGCUAAAGAAGACAUAAGACCCAUCACAUUCGUUGCUGUCCUAAAAAAGAAAAUUUGAAACAUUGAAAUGAAACUUAUGUGUAUCUGAAUAUAUGAUGAUAAAACCAGAAUAUCAAUGAAACAGAAUGAACAUUAUUGUUCAUUUCACUUGUAGCAUUUUCAAUGUAUAGAAUCAAUCAAACUGCUAAUACUUUUCUGCUGGUGAUCAGACUAUAUAUGUACAAUAAACAUGUUUAUGUUAUAAAUUAGGUAGAAAGCGUAUACACAAGAGAAGUCUCCCUUAAGCUCCACGUAACCAACCAAACGGAGAUUCACUCUUCAGACUUCUCCUAAACUGCAGCGUUAAAGGCUAGACAUGCAUCAAUAGUCAAACCAAAACUAUUUGACUUUGACAUUUUGACUCGUCUAAUAUUUGUUUUGAAACUAUUAAAUCAUAUUCAAAUCAAAUUAUGCUCAUAUAUUCAUAUAAACAAAUUAAUGAAUUGAUAUUAUAAUACAAAGAUCGUUACAAAAUUAAAGAACAAGAACUCUCAUUUGAAUGAAACAAACACUUGAAAAGCUUUUCUUGAUUUUCAUUUCCAUAAAUUUAAUCAUCUACUUGUAAUAAAUAACAGGAGAAUUAGUUCUUGCAUCCCACAUACCACCUUCUUUCAAAUACUCAAGAUACCUAGAAAACUCAGGCUUCCUUGUGGUCGACGGCUUCUUCUUCUUACCGUAUAAAAAGCUAAAGAUAGGGUGGCUAAAUCUGCCUGGUGGUUUGACUUUCUUGGAUUUUUGACGAGGAAGCUCCUCGAGUAUGGUCGGAACACCACCAGCACCAAGCUUUAUAGAUGGCGCGUAGUAAGGAACACUCGUUGAUCGUCUCAGCUUUGCUCCGAGUAGACUGAAAGUUGAAUCAUCACUUACUCGCUCGUAGCCUCCACGACGGCUUCUUGUCCGCGUGCUAAAGCUUCUUACCAGUUCCAUCUUUUAAAUAAAUUAACUGUAAAGGAGACAAGUCAAGUAAGAUGAUUUUUUUAAGAGAAGAAGUAAAGAGAUGAUUUUGUUGUUUCUU